AUGUCCAAACAUGUGCCGUCAACAAGCACUGCCUUGGAUACCCUUCAGCCCACCACUCAACACCCUCUUACCCCCCCUAAUCACUCUAUUGACCUCAGCAACAGUACCAAUGCUGCCAGGUUGCCUGAUUCAACAAUUUUGUUGUCAAGAACCCAGCAAGAUGCUUGCAAACAUGGUCCAAUGACCAACUACUCCAAAUCUACCCCUUCCACUUCCUCAUCAGCUCAGCCCUGGCACCUUUAUCCCCACGCCGUCUCAAUCAUUCCAUCCACACGCUCUGGCGUCCCCCAUCCCUACUCCCGUCCUACCAGCCGCUCCAGCCGCCGCUCCAUUCCAUCCCAUUCCCAACCACCCACUCGCAGCCCAUCUCCCACUCUGCGAGACCUGCCAGGAAUGGAACCAGAGCCAACCCUUAGCGCUCUCCUCGAGGCUAUCACAGCCCUCACUGCCACUGUCGGGUCCUUGCAGGCCCAAAUCACAUCCCAAGGCCAACAGCUCAUUGAGCUCAAAGCCAUAUGCAAGGAAACCGCCGACCUCCUUGGGGAUAAAGAUCAAGGAGCACCACAAGCCCAGCCUGGCCCAUCGACUGGGCCUGUCACUCCUCCCACCCACUCGGGAGGAGAAACCCACACUCCAGGCACGGUUAGGCCUGGACUCAAGGCCCCAUUCCGGCCUUCAAGAGGGACAGGCUUUGAUUCAGAAGAUGAGGAAGAGCAAAGGCCCCCCAAAAAGGAGCCUCAAGGAACGCCUAGGAGGCAUCUAGGGUCUCUGACCCCCUUCGACGCAGGAUCUAGCGCCAAGCGGCCCAAGAUGGACCUCCCGGACCCUUACAAGGGCGAUGUCAGGGGCCGCAAGGCCACCCAAUGGCUGGACCGGAUGCUUCUCUGGGUUGCCCUGCACAGGGAACAAUUUGAUGAAGAAGAGCAGAUGGUUGUGUGGAUUCUCUACCACAUGACAGAUAAGGCCGCCGAUUGGGCGUUACCCCUCAUAGGGACUAUCAUCAAGGGCGAGGGAAACCCUCCCACCACUAUCCCGGCCUUAACGGCCAAAUUCAAGGAGGCAUUCGCAGACCCCGAUGCCAAGAGAGCGGCUGCCAGGAAAAUCGCCGCGCUAACUCAGUCCACAACCACGGCUGAGUAUGUCACCGAGUUCCGUAACCUUAUGGCGGAACUUGAUUGGAACACUGAGGCGUUCAUUGCCCAGUUCACACGCGGUCUUCACUGGAAGGUGAAGGAACUCCUGUCCACCAAGGACAACAUUCCGGACGAUGAUCUUGAGGCCAUAUUUGCCGCCUCAAUUAAAAUUGACAAUAUCCGUCGGGAAAACGAGGAGAACCGCCCUAAAAAAGCUCCUGCCAAGGCCCCGGUUGCUACAACCACCUCUACCUCCACCACUACCACCAGGGUCCGCUUAUCCGAGGACCCCAACUACGUUACCCCGGAGGAAAGAGAUCGCCGCCGUGCGUCUGGCCUUUGCGUCAAGUGCGGUCAAAAGGGCCACGGGAUCAAACAGUGCCCCAAUGGCUGGAAAGCCACAAUCAAGGAAGCCGCUAAGAUAGGAGAAGUUCUUGAGUUGGAAAAAGAAUAA